AUGGAAUUGAACGAAAAUUCCACUUUUCCGAAUGAUGACGGUUAUCCUCAGGAUGGAAAUUACGGAACACCUGCUCACCCAGCAGCAUGGCUCGCGACUGUCCCACUGACAACUUCCGUAAUAAGUGCUGUGACCACGAUCGGCAACAUCAUGGUGAUUGUGGCAUACUGUCGAGACAACCGCAUCCGGUCCAAUGCGGCCAACCUGCUCAUCCUAAACCUUGCAGUUACGGAUUUGACAGUGGGUGCCCUCUUGUGGCCCAUCAACAUUGCGUGGCUGAUCGAGCAGUUCUGGCAUUUCGGUGAGAUCCUCUGCAAGGUGUGGUUGGUCACCGACUAUACUGUGGCGUCGAUGUCCGUUUUAACCCUGGUCCUGAUUAGCUGGGACCGGUACUGUCUCUUGGUGAUGGGGGUGCGGUAUCGGACAGUCCAGACCAAGAAGCGUAUUGGAGCCAUCAUCUGCAUUUCAUGGGUCGUGGAAUCACUUUGGUACAUUCUGACUGUUUGUGCUUGGGGUCCAAUCACAGGACACUACGAGGUGGAUUAUUCAGUUGAGUGCGACUCAGAAGCGAGGUCCAGUCUUGCCCUGACACUGGUCCAAAACUCCAUCCAGGUCUAUAUUCCAUUUGUAAUCCUGAUAGCUUUGAACCUUGCUGUUUAUUACAAUAUCAAAAGGAGAUCCAGAGGGAUCGUUGGACAGAGUCCUGGGAACGAAUUAUCCACACGUCAGGCAACUAAAGAAGAAGGAUCUCCAUCAGCAAGAGCAGGUCUAGAUGGACAAGAUAGGCCUACUCUGAAUGAUUCCCAAUGCACUUCCGCUAACGGCUCUGGAGCGAUUACCAUCAAGGAAAACUCGAACGGAAGCGCAUCAAUCCAUCAACCACAACAACCUAAAGGAGAGGUGCUAUCGAAGGAACAGACGUUUGCCCGACAUCGCAAAGCAGCUGUGGUUCUUGCCAUACUUGUAGGAUGUUUCCUGAUCUGUUGGUUGCCUGUCCAGGUUACCAGUAUCAUGUAUGCCAUCUGCGGCAAGAACUGCGUUUCCUGGCUCGCCCACGACAUCACAAAUACACUUGUUUGGGGAAACUCUAUGAUAAAUCCAUUCAUUUACGCCGCCACCAACAAACAUUUUCGUCGGAGUUUUCGUCGUUUUCUACUCCUUGAUCGCUGGCCCUGGCUAUGGAAGCUACGUGGUGCUUAA